GAAAAGCAGAGGGCUGGAUGUUCCUUUGUGUUCAGAGCUGGAAGGUUCUCCUUCACCCCCACAGCUGCAGACGAGCAGGGAACGAUGGCUGCCCAGCUGCUUUGGCUCCUAAGUGUUGGAGCGUUGCUCCUUCCUUCUGACGCGGUGACAGAAUACGACAAACUGCCUGAAACCUACAAGAAAGGAGUGGAUUUGGCCCUGGAAAAGGUUAACUCCCUCCCUGACAUCCAGCUCCACUUCCUCUUCUUUGAAAGUGUCAAGAAGUCGACGUUUGAGCCUGGCUUUGGUGUGAGCUACAUCAACCACCACUUCUACCUUAAAGCCACCAACUGCCUGAAAGGAACCGUCGGCUCGAGGUGCCACUUCAGGAGAGACAGGCCGCUCAUCGACUGCGUAGCCUGUUACAAAACGUACAGAGGAGAGAUCGAGCAGGAGCCUGAACCGUAUGUUGACUGUGUCAAGAAGCCGACCCUGACCCAGGAGAUGACGAGCGCCAGAGAUGUUCAGUGCAAAGCGGUGGGAUACAACACUGGAUCGAUAAUGCUGCUGUCGUCCACUAGAACGAAUUAAAAACAAAAUUUUAACGUAUUUUCAUCUUUGCAAGUUAAUUUUUCUGCAUCUCAUGCUCUGCAGAACCUUUAUACACACAUGGUUAUAAAACGCUGAGUUUGACUAACAAAAUAAUGAUAAAGCUCAUGGUUGUUGCGUAAAAACUGUCACUUUUUAACGAGGUUUUGUCUCGACUGAUUUUGCUCAUUCUUACUGUAUAUCAUUUCAUCAUUAAAAUUCAGA